GCGGGCAGCGGGAGGAGAGGACCGGGGCAUGAAGAAGAGCGACGGUGGGGGACCCCCUCGCCCGGCCCCGGCGCUGGAGCAUGAGAAGACAUCCGCCAGAAGAAGAGCCCCUUUGAGAUAGAAUGAAGGUCCUGACUGGCGGGCGGUAGUACUAUGAUUUGGUAUGUGGCCACUUUGAUAGCAAGUGUGAUCAGCACCCGAGGUCUCGCAGCUCAAGGUGCUCUUGGUUUGCGGGAGGAGCCGGAGUUUGUGACCGGGCGGGCCGGCGAGAGCGUCAUCCUGCGAUGUGACGUGAUCCAUCCGGUCACGGGCCAGCCGCCCCCCUAUGUGGUCGAGUGGUUCAAGUUCGGGGUGCCCAUCCCCAUCUUCAUCAAGUUUGGCUACUAUCCCCCCCACGUGGAUCCCGAGUAUGCAGGCCGAGCCAGUCUGCAUGACAAGGCGUCCCUGCGCCUGGAUCAGGUGCGCUCCGAGGACCAGGGCUGGUACGAGUGCAAAGUCCUCAUGCUGGACCAGCAGUAUGACACCUUCCACAAUGGCAGCUGGGUGCACCUCACCAUCAAUGCGCCCCCCACCUUCACAGAAACACCCCCCCAAUACGUCGAGGCCAAGGAGGGCAGCAGCAUCACCCUGACCUGUACAGCCUUCGGGAACCCCAAGCCAAUUGUCACGUGGCUCAAGGAAGGAGCACUCCUUGGGGCCAGUGGGAAAUACCAGGUGAGCGACGGGAGCCUGACGGUAACAUCUGUAAGCCGGGAUGACAGGGGCGCCUACACCUGCCGGGCCUACAGCAUCCAGGGAGAGGCAGUCCACACCACCCACCUGCUUGUCCAAGGGCCCCCCUUCAUUGUUUCCCCUCCUGAGAACAUCACCGUCAACAUAUCCCAGGAUGCCCUGCUCACCUGCCGAGCCGAGGCGUAUCCGGGCAACCUGACCUACACCUGGUACUGGCAGGAUGAGAAUGUCUACUUCCAGAAUGACCUGAAGCUGCGGGUGCGGAUCCUGAUCGAUGGGACCUUGAUCAUCUUCCGAGUCAAACCAGAGGAUGCUGGGAAAUAUACCUGUGUCCCGAGUAAUAGCCUGGGCCGCUCCCCAUCAGCCUCCGCAUACCUGACUGUGCAAUACCCGGCCCGCGUCCUCAACAUGCCACCCAUCAUCUACGUGCCGGUGGGCAUCCACGGCUACAUCCGCUGCCCAGUGGACGCAGAGCCGCCUGCUACCCUGGUCAAGUGGAACAAAGAUGGCCGCCCCCUGCAGAUUGAAAAGUACUUGGGUUGGACCCUGAUGGAGGAUGGCUCCAUCCGCAUCGAGGAGGCCACGGAGGAAGCUCUCGGCACUUAUACCUGUGUGCCUUACAACACCUUGGGGACCAUGGGCCAGUCCGCCCCCGCCCGGCUGGUCCUGAAGGACCCACCCUAUUUCACGGUGCUACCAGGCUGGGAGUACAGGCAGGAAGCUGGCAGGGAGAUUCUUAUCCCCUGUGCCGCUGCAGGAGACCCCUUCCCCGUCAUCACCUGGAGAAAGGUAGGGAAGCCUAGCAGAAGCAAGCACAAUACCCUGCCCAGCGGCAGCCUCCAGUUCCGUGCGCUCAGCAAGGACGAUCAUGGCGAAUGGGAGUGCGUGGCCACAAACGUGGUUACCAGCAUCACUGCCGGCACCCACCUCACUGUCAUCGGCACAAGUCCCCACGCGCCCGGCAGUGUCCGGGUCCUGGUCUCCAUGACAACGGCCAACGUGUCCUGGGAGCCUGGCUAUGACGGCGGAUAUGAGCAGACAUUCUCAGUUUGGCUGAAGAGGGCACAGUUUGGACCCCAUGAUUGGCUGUCACUGCCCGUGCCCUCCGGACCCAGCUGGCUGCUGGUGGACACACUGGAACCAGAGACGGCGUAUCAGUUCAGCGUCCUGGCCCAGAACAAGCUGGGCACCAGCUCUUUCAGUGAAGUGGUCACUGUGAAUACACUAGCAUUCCCGAUCACAACUCCAGAACCCCUGGUGCUGGUUACCCCACCGAGGUGCCUCACAGCCAACCGCACCCAGCAGGGUGUCCUGUUGGCGUGGCUUCCGCCGGCCAAUCACAGUUUUCCUAUCGACCGUUACAUCAUGGAGUUCCGGAUCGGGGAACACUGGGAGAUCCUGGACGAUGCCAUCUUGGGGACUGACAGCGACUUCUUUGCUAAGGACCUGUCUCAGGAUACCUGGUACGAGUUCCGUGUUCUGGCGGUCAUGCAGGACCUGGUCAGCGAACCCAGCAACAUCGCCGGGGUGUCCAGCACAGACAUCUUCCCGCAACCCGACCUGACGGAAGACGGACUAGCCCGCCCUGUGUUGGCCGGAAUUGUGGCCACCAUCUGCUUCCUGGCGGCUGCCAUCCUCUUCAGCACCCUGGCCGCCUGCUUCGUCAAUAAGCAGCGCAAGCGCAAGCUGAAACGCAAAAAAGACCCUCCGCUGUCCAUCACCCACUGCCGGAAGAGCCUGGAGUCCCCGUUGUCCUCCGGGAAGGCGAGCCCCGAGAGCGUCCGCACCCUACGCGCACCCUCCGAGUCCUCCGACGACCAGAGCUGCCCCCCAGGCAAGCCCGUGCUGAGCCCCGGCAAGGAGAAGGAGCUGUCGCUGUACAAGAAGACGAAGCGCGCCAUCAGCAGCAAGAAGUAUAGCGUGGCCAGGGCCGAGGCGGAGGCCGAAGCCACCACCCCCAUCGAGCUCAUCAGCCGCGGGCCUGACGGUCGCUUCGUCAUGGAGGCCGCAGGCAUGGAGCCGGCCCUGAAACCGAGGCGCAUCGAGGGCUUCCCCUUCGCCCAGGAGACGGACCGCUACCCCGACUUCCGCCAGUCAGACGAGGAGCCCGACGACCCGCUGGUGCCCGCCUCAGUGGCGGGACUGAGGGGCCAGUUGACCCCGCUGUCCUCCAGCCGGGAGUCUUCCUACCUGCAGCCUCCGGCCUACAGCCCGCGUUUCCAGCCCCGGGCAGCGGAGGGUCGGCUGCCGGCAGCCGCCCCGGGCCCGGGCCCGGGCCCGGCCUCGGCCUCGACCCGGGCCUUCCACACCGCCCACUUCUACCCUGGCUACCUGCUGAGCAGCAGCAGCAGCCCUGGGGAGAUCGAGCUGGACCCGCCGCCACCGCCACCGUCGCUGCCACCGCCCUUCUACCUGCCUGAGGCGGGGAGCCCCCUGAGCUCGGCCCUGUCCUCGCCGGCCCUGCCCACUGAGGGCCCCUUCGGCCAUGCCACCAUCCCCGAGGAAGAUGGCGAGAGCGCGUCCAGCAGCCCCCUGCCCCUGACGCAGACGCCCACCGGCGGCCGCUCGCCGGAGCCCUGGGCCCGGGCCGGUUUCGCACUCGGAGGCCUGGAGGCCCCCGCCCUCAUGUUACGGCACCAGCUGACCCCCGGGGGCGGGCCCGGGGACCCUGCCGCCGACGGCCAGCCCUGCCUUGCCCGCGGAGGCCCGCCGCCGCCGCCGCCGCCCUCCUCCCUCCACGUGCCCACCGCCUACCCGGGCAUCCUGGCCCUGGAGGCCCCCAAGAGCUGGGCGGGCCGGUCCCCCGGCCGGGGUUCGGUGACCACCGCCGCAGCCGCGGCCCGGUGGCCGGACAGAUCCCCGGGCGGCCACGGGCAGCUGAGACAUACCAGCCAGGGUAUGGGCAUUCCGGUGUUGCCUUAUUCUGAGCGGGCCGAGCCCGGCGGGCACGGCGGCGCGGGCGGCGCGCUGGGCCUGGACACCCGGUGGUUCGAGCCGCGGCCCCGGCCCAGCCCCCGCCCGGCCCGCCGGGCCGAGCCCAGCUUCCACCAGGUGGUCCUCCAGCCCGCACGCCUCUCGCCACUGACCCAGAGCCCGCUGGGCUCCCGCGGCGGCUCGCCCGAGCUGGCCGUCCGGGCCCGGCCGCGCCCGGGCCUCCUGCAGCAGCACGACGGGGCCGAGAUCGCCCUGCAGCCGCCGGCCGCCGGCAGCUUCUCCCGCAAGUCCAGCCCGUCCACCGGCUCCCCGGCCCCCAGCAGCCGAGGCGGCAGCCCCGGCUACCGGCCCACCAUGGCCUUCACCACCCUGGCCACGGGCUACCCCUCCCCGCCGCCCGGGCCGCCGGGAGCGCCGGGGCCCUCGGGGCCCGCCGACCGGCUGGACGUCUUCGGGCCGGCCCCCGCCGCCCCGCGGAGGAUGGCCGAGGAGCUCUUCCGUCCGGACCCGCCCCCCACGCCGCCAUCUGCUUCAGGAACAUGUCCAUCUGCAUCCGGGAAUGCUGCUGCACCUGAGAGGCUCGAAGCUCUGAAAUACCAACGGAUAAAGAAGCCCAAAAAGUCAACCAAGGGCUCUUCGAAAUCUAAAAGACGAUCCGACGGUUCUGCCUCCCAAGUUCAGCAACUUCCCAACUCUCAGGUCCUGUGGCCCGACGAAGCUGUCUGCCUCCGCAAGAAGAAGCGACAGCCUCGUCCAGACCCCUUCGCCCGCUUCUCGGAUCUGUGCCACCGCCAGGUCCCUGAGGACCAGACGGCCAUCCUCAACAGCGUAGACCAUGAUGACUCAGGCCAUGCCACCUUGCUGUAACUUAGUGACGACGGGAAAGGUUCUGUCCAGGAGAAAGGAGUGGAGAGAAGGAGAGA